AUGAAGCUGAUCUUGCCAAGGAUAAUACAUGAACUUAUAUUUAUCAUUGAGUGCACUUCAACUGUUGCAAUUUGUUUUUGUUUGUGUGUUCAUCAUAUUUGUAACCGCCCUAAAAGUAGCGAUUGAUCUAACAAGUAACUCGAGAUUUCUUGUUAAGGUUAGCAGGUGUUAACCUUGCACUGCAGAAAAGAGUUAGGGCGCGUCGUGGUGACCUGUUAGCAUUGUAGUUGUAUCACUGAGGUAAUCAUGGCUGAAAUUGAAGAGAAGGUGAUAAUGACUCCAAAGAGUAAAAGCCCAACAUCCACAGUGCUGAUAGUUGAAAGGAAAGUGAUUGAAGCAGAGCCAAGUGACAAAACUCAUGUGGCUGGAGGAGACCACACCGGGAUCAUAAUCAAUAAGGAAAAAAUUUAUGAAAAUGGUGUAACAGAACCCUGCCAUGCUCAACUAGAGUUUUGUGUGUAUUUGGUAUCAGCAGUAACCGGUAACCACACACGAGAGGCAAGGGCUCUCAGGUUUUGGUUUAAACCUGAUGUGUCCCUUGACGAUUGCCCACAUGAAGCCCAGGCAUUCUUCCGAGAACUUGUUAGUCCUCAGGACUUUCCUAAAGAUUAUGUGGGGUUUAUUAAGAAGAUAAUAAAAUUAAUGCAAAACAAAUAUCACCAAUUGAAACUAUUAGAAGUAGAAUUAAGACAAGAAGGCACAGGUCCACCACCACCAGAAGUGAAUGGUGAUAUUUCGAGUAAGACAGUUGUAUACAAGUAUGAUAACGGUUCGUUUAUUGAAGACAGUAUAGUGAAUCAAACGCACAUAUCAGAACAAAGGGUACUAGAUAUGAUUGAAAAUGCUUACCCUAAUCCUCUCUCUGUCGAAGACUUCGUAACUGCAGGAAAAUGGUCAAAGGCCGAAGUGAAAGACGCAUUGGAGUCCUUAGAGGAGAAGGGGUUGACGCGUCUAAUGUCAGAUGGCAUCUACGUGCGACAACAUAGUAUUGAUACCCAGGUGGUGAAACAAAUGCCCACACUGUGCUCAUCCCGGCAACCCACGAUAGCAGUGGUGACGGCCCUCUACUGUGAGAAGCAAGCAGUCGACGCUAUGAUGGAUAACCAAGAAACUUUUGUGCGGUACACUACAGUUGGUGAAUCCAAUGUGUACACGUUGGGAACUAUUGGCGCACAUCGAGUCGUCACCACGAAGUUGCCGUCAGUUGGCAGGACGAGAGAAGCCAUGACAGCCGCUGGUAACACCACAACCAGGCUCCUUGGCACUUUCCAAAAGGUAGAUUACGUGUUCUUGGUGGGCGUGGGCGGCGGGGUGCCCCAUUAUACGGAUUAUGCUAAGCACGUGAGACUGGGAGACGUUGUGGUCUCCACGCCAGCACCGGAUCUGCAAGACAAGUACGUGUACAUCUACUGCGAAAAGGCAGAACGUAACAACAAAGGCGGCUGGGACUACGAAGUGAAACCGUACAAGCCGGCGGACUACCUUCUACAAGAUUUGGCGGUCAUCCUCGCAAGUUCUGGCGCCACUUGGACCCAUCAUGUCAAUGACGGUUUGAACCGUCUGAAAGGCGUGCCGGGGCGCUGGGAGCCGCCCGAGGAGGCGACGGACCGGCUGUGCGUGGACGUCGGCGGCGGCGCCUACAUCGAGGUGUCGCACCCCGCGCCGCAGGGCGACAAAAUGCGCGGCCCUCGCGUGCACUGCGCGCCGGUGGCGGGCGGGCGCGCCGUGUCGUGCGCGGGCGAGGCGCGCGCGGCCUUCGCGUCGCACGCGCGCGCGCUCGCGUACGACUGCGAGCUCGACGCCGUGCUCGAUAGCGUCGUCGGAAACUGCAAGGACUGCUUCCUCUCCAUCAGAGGCAUAUCAGACUACCGCGACGGCACUCGCGGCAAGGAGUGGCAGCCGCACGCCGCGCUAGCCGCUGCCGCCGUCAUGAAAGCCAUCGUGCUAGCCCUGGCGCCACCCACCGACUAGCUGACGUAGGUGUGCUGAUGACGGACGUAGGCCUUACAAACGACAAUAACACCAUCGAUGCAUAAUGCGUGCAAAAUGAGAUCUUUUUCGCCAUUUUAACUCUGUGUCAACUGUCAUGUAAAAAGUACGGUGCACCGUAAAAAUAAGGACUAAAAUCGUACUUUUGGUAUGACAGGUUGGAUACAUAGCGUUAUAAUGGCGAGUGAGCUCGUUUUGUACGGACUAUAUAUUAUAAAUAAGCCCUUACUUAUGAAACAUCGGCCAAGUGCGAUGGUAC